AUGGUGUUGGAGCUGCUGGGUCCCAGUCUAGAAGACCUCUUUGACCUCUGUGACAGGACCUUCUCUCUCAAGACCGUUUUGAUGAUGGCUAUUCAGCUGGUAAGUUCAGUUAGCAUCCAAAUGACAAAUAAUCUUGUUUUCAUGAAUUAUGCCUGUGAGUCUGUUCUGAUUUCUAUUUGCCAGUGUGUCCACUUGUGCAUCCGUUUGAACGUCACACACUUCCCCACUCUCCGCUCCUCAGCUCUCCCGGAUGGAGUAUGUCCACUCCAAGAACCUCAUCUACCGAGACGUGAAGCCAGAGAACUUCCUCAUCGGGCGGCAGGGGCACAAGCAUGAGCACAUCAUCCACAUAAUCGACUUUGGCCUGGCCAAAGAGUACAUCGACCCCGAGACCAAAAAACACAUCCCCUACAGGGAACACAAGAGCCUCACAGGGACCGCCCGCUACAUGUCUAUCAACACCCACUUAGGAAAAGGUAGGGCUACAGUACUGCUCCCCUCUACCACACAACUUAACUUGUCUCCUCAAAUUCCCUGAGUGGUAAUUACAUGGGAACAGUAUAGGCAGCUCUCUCAUAUUUGAUUGGCUGAACUCUACAAUUUGAAGGGCAUUGCCUUGGCGAUAUUUUUUAAAUCUGUGUACAUACAAUGCAUUCGGAAAGUAUUCAGACCCCUUGACUUUUCCCACAUUUUGUUAUAAAAAUUUAUUAAAUACUUUUUUUCUCUCAUCAGUCUACAUACCAUAGCCCAUAAUGACGAAGCGAAAAUAGGUUUUUAGAAAUGUGUGCAAAUUUAUUACAAAUAAACAGAAAUACAUUUACAUAAGUAUUCAGACCCUUUGCUAUGAGACUCGAAAUUAAGCUCAGGUGCAUCCUGUUUCCAUUGAUCAUCCUUGAUGUUUCUAUAACUUGAUUGGAGUCCACUUGUGGUAAAUUCCAUUGAUAACAUGUUUGGAAAGGCACACACCUGUCUAAAUAAGGUCCCACAGUUGACAGUGCAUGUCAGAGCAAAAACCAAGCCAUGAGGUUGAAGGAAUUGUCAGUAGAACUCCGAGACAGGAUUGGGUCGAGGCACAGUUCUGGGGAAGGGUACCAAAACAUUUCUGCAGCAUUGAAGGUCCCCAAGAACACAGUGGCCUCGGUCAUUCCUAAAUGGAAGAAGUUUGGAACCACCAAGACUCUUCCUAGACCUAGCCGCCCGGCCAAACUGAGCAAUCAGGGGAGAAGGCCCUUGGUCAGGGAGGUGGGGAGAACAAGUAUUUGAUACACUGCCAAUUUUGCAGGUUUUCCUACUUACAAAGCAUGUAGAGGUCUGUCAUUUUUAUCAUAGGUACACUUCAACUGUGAGAGACGGAAUCUAAAACAAAAAUCCGGAAAAUCACAUUGUAUGAUUUUUAAGUAAUUAAUUUGCAUUUUAUUGCGAGUGGCGCAGUGGUCUAAGGCACUGCAUCACAGUGCUAGCUGUGCCACUAGAGAUCCUGGUUCGAAUCCAGGCUCUGUCGUAGCCGGCCGCAACCGGGAGACCCAUGGGGCGGCGCACAAUUGGCCCAGCGUCGUCCAGGGUAAGGGAGGGAAUGGCCGGCAGGGAUGUAGCUCAGUUGGUAGAGCAUGGUGUUUGCAACACCAGGGUUGUGGGUUCGAUUCCCACGGGGGGCCAGUAUGAAAAAUAAAAAUAACAUUAUAAUGUAAGAGCGUCUGCUAAAUGACUAAAAUGUAAAUGUAAAUAAGUAUUUGAUACAUCAGAAAAGCAGAACUUAAUAUUUGGUACAUAAACCUUUGUUUGCAAUUACAGAGAUCAUACGUUUCCUGUAGGUCUUGACCAGGUUUGCACACACUGCAGCAGGGAUUUUGGCCCACUCGGGUUCAGGUCUGGAGACUGGCUAGGCCACUCCAGGACCUUGAGAUGCUUCUUACGGAGCCACUCCUUAGUUGCCCUGGCUGUGCGUUUCGGGUCGUUGUCAUGCUGGAAGACCCAGCCACGACCCAUCUUCAAUGCUCUUACUGAGGGAAGGAGGUUGUUGGCCAAGAUCUCACGAUACAUGGCCCCAUCCAUCCUCCCCUCAAUACGGUGCAGUCGUCCUGUCCCCUUUGCAGAAAAGCAUCCCCAAAGAAUGAUGUUUCCACCUCCAUGCUUCACGGUUGGGAUGGUGUUCUUGGGGUUGUACUCAUCCUUCUUCUUCCUCCAAACACGGCGAGUGGCGUUUAGACCAAAAAGCUCUAUUUUUGUCUCAUCAGACCACAUGACCUUCUCCCAUUCCUCCUCUGGAUCAUCCAGAUGGUCAUUGGCAAACUUCAGACCGGCCUGGACAUGCGCUGGCUUGAGCAGGGAGACCUUGCGUGCGCUGCAGGAUUUUAAUCCAUGACGGCGUAGUGUGUUACUAAUGGUUUUCUUUGAGACUGUGGUCCCAGCUCUCUUCAGGUCAUUGACCAGGUCCUGCCGUGUAGUUCUGGGCUGAUCCCUCACCUUCCUCAUGAUCAUUGAUGCCCCACGAGGUGAGAUCUUGCAUGGAGCCCCAGACUGAGGGUGAUUGACCGGCAUCUUGAACUUCUUUCAUUUUCUAAUAAUUGCGCCAACAGUUGUUGCCUUCUCACCAGGCUGCUUGCCUAUUGUCCUGUAGCCCAUCCCAGCCUUGUGCAGAUCUACAAUUUUAUCCCUGAUGUCCUUACACAGCUCUCUGGUCUUGUCCAUUGUGGAGAGGUUGGAGUCUGUUUGAUUGAGUGUGUGGACAGGUGUCUUUUUAUACAGGUAACGAGUUCAAACAGGUGCAGUUAAUACAGGUAAUGAGUGGAGAACAGGAGGGCUUCUUAAAGAAAAACUAACAGGUCUGUGAGAGCCGGAAUUCUUACUGGUUGGUAGGUGAUCAAAUACUUAUGUCAUGCAAUAAAUUGCAAAUUAAUUACUUAAAAAUCAUACAAUGUGAUUUUCAGGAUUUUUGUUUUAGAUUCCGUCUCUCACAGUUGAAGUGUACCUAUGAUAAAAAUGACAGACCUCUACAUGCUUUGUAAGUAGGAAAACCUGCAAAAUCGGCAGUGUAUCAAAUACUUGUUCUCCCCACUGUGUGUAUAUAAGCCCCCAACACUCGAGUAUGGUAUGUAGGCUAUACAUCGGUCACAGCUGAAAACGGACACCCCUCUCUUUUGUUUCAGAGCAAAGUCGACGGGAUGACCUGGAAGCCCUGGGCCACAUGUUCAUGUAUUUCUUACGAGGGAGUCUGCCGUGGCAAGGACUCAAGGUAGGGGGGAGCUAGGCAUGAUAUCUGCUGGGUCAUGUUUAGUAGGCACAAAAUGGGGAGGUACUAUCUGAACUUGUCCAAUAAGAAACACUUGUUUUUGUUUUCCUUUGCAAAACAUUUAGCUAUGAUGUGCCCUUAUAAUGAACAUGACCCAGAUGUUAGUUGAGUGUGAUGCACAACUAGUCGUGAUUCAAAGAGGGAGAGCGAAGGAAUGGUCACCUAAAGGAAGCAGAGGAGCGAAAAAGAGCGUGAUUGAAAGACGGGCGUGGAGGAGGGAAGGUGAAAUGUAACAUUUAGGGUGAAGGGAAGGAAAGGAGGGAGAAAAGAUGGCAAAAGUGUGUUUGGACUCAAUUUCUGCCUUCUACCUACAGGCUGACACCCUGAAAGAGAGAUACCAGAAGAUUGGCGACACCAAGCGCAACACUCCCAUCGAGGUCCUCUGUGAAAGCUUUCCAGGUACUGUGCCAAUUUUCCACCCUGACACUAGUGCAUGGCUUUGUGAAAUGGUUACAUUUCCUAGAACACACGCUCUGCACUGCAUAUUAAAAUGGCAGUUAAUAAUCGCAAUAGAAUGAUCAAGAGCGAGCUGUACUUAAAAAUGGGCAUAAGUGAGCAGAAGAUGCUUCUUGAAGGACAGGCGCGUCGGAGAGUGAAUGAAAGGGCAUGUAUUUGCAAGACACUAACCACGUUUCCAUCCAACCAUUUCAUGCAGAUGAAUUAGCUGACGCAUGAUAAAAGUCAGGACCGGGCUGAUGGAAACAUGAACUGCCGGUACAAUUUUAUAAAUGCCGACAGACAAUUUGUUCGUUUGACAUGGUGGGAUCUUUUUGGGUCGGUAAACAUUUAUUAUGUGAGAGAUGGCAGUGGAAACUCCUUUGUGUGCAAAUGUUGAUAUAAUAACCAUCAUAUCGAAGUAGUCAAGCAAUAUGUUGUGUGGUCCUCCCACUACGACUCGGGAAAACAUGCAGUUUAUUAGCCUACAGAUUAAAUAGGUUAUGCAGCUGUAGAACUUUUUGAGGAUCUGAGGACCCAUGCCAAAUCUUUUCUGUCUCCUGAGGGGGAAUAGGCUUUGUCGUGCCCUCUUCACGACUGUCUUGGUAUGUUUGGACCAUGAUAGUUUGUUGGUGAUGUGGACACCAAGGAACUUGAAGCUCUCAACCUGCUCCACUACAGCCCCGUCGAUGAGAAUGGGGGCGUGCUCGGUCCUCUUUUUCCUGUGGUCCACAAUAAUUUCCUUUGUCUUGAUCACAUUGAGGGAGAGGUUGUUAUCCUGGCACCACACGUCCAGGCUGUCUCAUGGUUGUCGGUGAUCAGGCCUACCACUGUUGUGUCGUCGGCAAACUUAAUGAUGGUGUUGGAACAUCUGUUGGAAUGGAUUAAUUGUGUUACACAAAAAACGUAUUCUACUUUGAUAAAUAAGGACCUGCAAUUCCAUGCUCCUUGGUGCAAUCUAUUGUCAGGUAUGACUAGAUGGGCCUCUUGUUUUGCCUGAACCAUGUUGACCGUGUUGUCCCCUUAUAGAAGAGAUGGCCACCUACCUGCGCUACGUGCGGCGGUUGGACUUCUUCGAGAAGCCCGACUACGAGUAUUUGAGGACUCUGUUCACCGAGCUGCUUGAGCGCAAAGGAUACACCUUUGACUACACCUACGACUGGGACGGCAGACCGAUUGUGAGUAGCUAGAGUUCACAUGCUAAAUAGCAUAAGUGUAGUCUCACGUACAAUAGUCAUAUAGCAGCUGUUGAAAGACACUAGAGUAAAUGUGCUGAUUAGCGGCAGCUUGCUAACUGUUCAGUCCUGUAUGUUUUGGUAUAAUAACUUUUUGUAUACCGUUCAUAGCUGGAAAGUUGGGAAAUCAAAAGUAUAAUAGACAUUUAAAACACAAGUGAAAGGCAUACAUAAUGUAAAAAUGUUUCCUUGAGCAGAUCUCGAGUUUCCACCCUUGAGCCUUUUGGUUUAUCUGUCAGUCUCUCUCGCUCUCACUCUCUUUCUCUCAGCCUACUCCAGUGGGGUCUGUCAACGUGGACUCGGGUGCAUCUGCCAUCACGAGAGAGAGCAACGCUAACAGAGACAGACCCUCUCAGCAACAACCCCUACGGAACCAGGUAAACACAGUAGUCUCACUCAGCAGUUCACUUCAGCCCUGCCUGUUCAUCUGAAAAAGCCAAUCAUUUCAAGAAAAUCAACUGGAAUCAACAAAUUCAUGAAUAUACAAAUCCUCAUGAAUUGUUUUUGCAUGGUUCUAGUCAAUUCAAUUUCCACUCCUGUCAGUUGAUUUAGACAUGGAAUUUCUCAAUAGGAGAGCCAAUUCCUAAAUUGAAGGAGAUUGAAAUGGAGUUGGUCCCCACCUUGCCAGCAACAAGGAAAACAAAUAAGUAUUGCUUGCUUGAACACCUUAUGAUUUUAUAAGUGACCUAGAAUUAGUUUCAAUGCUAUGGAGUUGCAUGACUUAUGAUUAUGGGUUUGGGAUUGUCUAAAUAUAUCACCUUUGAUCUCAAUAUGCUUUACGGUUUACAUUACAGUAAAUCCAACACCAUUUACAUUUGUACAAUUUGGAGGAGAAAGAGUAGUCCAUAUAGUUAUUUUUCCAACUGGGUGGCUUUGCUUAUGGUCCACGCAAUUCAAGCUUUCCUCUCAAAUCAUUUUUCAGUUGGGUUGGUGCUAUAUGGCUUGAUAUCCUAACAGUUUAGUAAAAAAUUAUAUUUCUCAGCAUAUCCGCUUUUGGAAAAAGACCGAAGCAAAGGAGCUUUCAGGUCGAAAUGAGCACCUAACAGUCUCAGCUGAUCUUUUAGAUGAGUUGCUGUUGGCACCAAAAUACCUUGUCCAUGUCUGCCUCUGCCUGGCUGUGUUCGACCCGGAAAGAGGCAUGGAGAGACGCAAAAUGAAUUUCUCAGCUGGAAGUCCUCCAGCUAUUGCUCCCAACAGGCAGGGAAGCUUGUCUCAAAUCCGAUUGGCUGCAGCUAGAGUGGUGCUACUUGAUUGUGUGUUGCGCUGCGCCCAGGAGUCCCAGACUAAUCUCUAAUCAGCGCUUCAGCACUGAACAACAGCCCACCUGUGCCUCCAUUGGUGCUACAGUAUGUGCCAGAAAGGGAUUGUAAGAGCGAGAUGGAGAGACGGAGGAAGGAAUUGAGAUAAAGAGGGGAUUUAGGUACAUGAAGAAAGAGGAAAGCAAUGGAAGGUGAAUAAGGCAGAGUUGACUUAAAGAAGAGAACUAGUGGUAGAAAAGAGGAGAGAAAUGAGAGUGGGUGAUGAAGGAAACGUCCUUGGUUUUGAAUAAGUCGACCCAUAUCACCCCAUCAGUCUCUCCAAGCACGAGUCGUUUUAUUGAGCCAGGACUUCAGACCCGCAAUACAGGACAGGACAUGACAACCAAUCUGAAAUGAACUCGCAGUAAGUCCCAGUUGAAAGCUCCCAGACUGCAUAGGUCCCCUGCCAAAGCCCCCUGCAACAACUUUAUUAGCAGCUAAUCCCUCAAUGUCCUGUCACGUGCAACCUGUCCUGUCCAGGGGAAUAGUGAUGAACGAGAUACAGGAGGGGAUAAAGUGGCGCUUGCUGGCCCACACUACUCAAUCAAUGCAGCCAGGACAAAGAAACAAUGCAAGUCUCUUAGGAAAGCCACCAGGGUUAUAAAAUAUGGUAAUACAAAAAAAGAUGAUGGCAAACAUACAUACAGGGUUUCUUAUAACUGUCUAAAAAUGUUUUGCUUUAAAAUCACAAAUACAAUUGUAAAGGUAGACUCAGCCAUAUGAAGUAGAUAGUGGGUCAAUUUCUGCAACAACUAAGAGUGUUGAAACGUGAGGCUCUACUUCUCUGCUGUUUUGGUCCCGUGGCUACCACGCGGUAACCGCGUGAAGCGAACCCGUGCACAUGCGCAGAUACUGUGUGAGAGCGAAGUGUUGCAUCUCGCUCAUCUCGAUCUCGGCGAUGCUGCUCGUGGCAAUGUCAUUUUGCUGAGUCUACCUUUACAUUUAUAAUGUUAAAGCUAUUGAUUUUGCAAUACUUUUUUUUGUUUUGACCUGGUUGUUUUCAGUUACUUACACGUAUUGCCGGCUUCGCCACGCCUCUCACCUCUGUUUUUCUUUGUUUUGUUUUCCUGCGUUGCAUGGCCUGUCGGCGCCUGCCGCUCUCACUCACUUGCCCCGCCCACCCACAUCUCGCUCUGCCCAUCCGCCUCCCCAACCAACCAGACGGCAGUAUCAGACCGCAGAGGGGCAUGGGAUGCACAGCCCCACCAGCAGACAAACUCCUCCUACCUGAGCAGCUCCCACCUGGCCGCAGACAGGCAUGGGGGCUCUGUGCAGGUAUACACCAACCAACCACUGAGAUACCCAACUACUACUUAGUGGCUGGCUUCCAAACCAAAAAACCUGCUUCGUUGCCUAUGUCCUUGAUAGCCCUCUAGCCCACAGAUCCAAAGGGACAGAAAAUAUUAAAGCAAUAUGGCAGAAACUCUUCAUAGGUGGGACCCUCGCCACAUUGCUUUCACCCGCUCUUUGCCCUUAAGAUAUAAGAUGUUGUACUGUGUAUGCGAAGCUGUUCAACAUGCUGUUAUGAUGAUCAACAGCUGAGGCUGUUCAACAUGUUGUGUUUCUGUGUUCAGCAGCAAGGAAACACUCCGUCUGAGAUUCAAGACAGGGAGGGACCAGCUUAUACACAGCAGCAUGUAGACAUUUAGUCUGAGAAAGAGGCAGACAGGGAGAGACAGGUUCACAAGGCCCACCAGACACACGUUCACUCACACUCGAACAAGAUCCUUUCCCAUUAAGGGAGACAGGGCGUAAAGGAGUAGAGGUAAAGGCUAAUGCGCCGCAUAAAUGACUCCGCACAUGGAUGUCUGGAAAUGGCUUAGCUGUAUGGAGGGAGAUCGGUAACUUCACUUUAGUUGAUGUUUCUGUCAUGAGGGCCUACAUAUUACUGUCAUGUUUGUGACCGAAUGGGAGAGAUGCCAUAAGCAGUCAUUACAGAUCUGAUGUCAUCAUAACCGCUUAUGAAAACUGGCAUUAUGCUAACUUGAAACUAUUUGUUGUAGUUAAGAUGGCUAGGAUAGCUUUUCAGAAUUAACCGAUAAAUUAGUCCACAUGGAAAAACUAAAGGCAUAGAAACCGUAAAUGAUUUGGUAACAGGACAUUUAUUCCAAUGACAGAAUUAAAAAGUAAUUUUGGACUGACCAAUUUGAAAUACAUUCAACUUAAGUUACAUAUCACAAAAUGUCGAUUUUAAAUAUUUUGGACAUCAGAGCAACCUUGAGGGAAUCUUAUUUGAGUCAGAAAAUGAUUUUCAUAUGAUAGGUAAGACAUACAAAACCUUGCAGAGAGCAUAUCCAACUGACAAUCUCUUAGAAAAAAAUAUAAACUAUUUGAACCAAGACUUAAAAGGAACUGAUAUUGCCACAAGAUGGAGGGAAAGUUGGUGCAUAACUAAUGAAAUUACAGUUAAUGAAAAUGUAUGCUUAAUCCAGUAUAAACUCAUGUAUAGAAUUUAUUAUACAAGUGAAUAAAUUCACAAAUUCUACAGCACAACGGCAGAGUCAUGUCUGAAGUGUAAAACUAACAAUGAUUCAAUAAUCCAUGCUUUCUGGGAAUGUUAUGAAGUCCAAAAUGUAUGGGUGGAGCUAGAAAGUUGGCUGUCAGAAGUAUUACAAUGUAAACUUAAUUUUAAUCCAUCUGUCUGGAUAUUGAAAGACAUGGCAUAUUGGAGUGUAGUGAGACCCAAUGGACUGGACGAUUCUCUUCUCAUCAUUCAUCUUGAGAAAAUGUAUAAAAACGUGGAAAUCAAUUAAUCCGCCAUCAAUAACACAAUGGAAAAAUCAAAUAAUUUAUUAUUGAAAUAUUGAAUAGCAUGGGCGACCGAGGAAAACCAAAUUGGUACAAUUUAAGGCCAAGUGGCAAACAAUAAUGCAGGCACUAGGGAUGGAGGUGUGAGCAUGCAGGUCUGGGCAGAGGAGAUGUAGUUGUUGUUUGUGUGCGUCUGUAAGUUGUUCGUAUGUGUAUGUUUGUAUUUUGUGUGGGGGAGAAAAAUUUGGAAAAUAAUAUUUUAAAAAAAUGAACUAAUACAAAAUUGAGUUAGCUAGCUGUAGACCUAGCCAACAUGCAUACGUGAGUAACAGUUUUAUGUGACAGUGUUAAGUCGGUUGUCACAAGACACUUUGGGCUAUAGUAUGAUCAUGACAGUGUUUUGUUAACCUUGCGAUGCAGAUGUCAACGUUGGCAUUUUGUAUUUUUCUGUUUUAGUCAUCCUAACAGAAUUAUCUGUAUUUUUGCAUGACUGAUAUGACCUUUUUCCCAUGUGCCUCAGGUGGUCAGCUCCACCAAUGGGGAGCUGAACGCCGAUGACCCAAUGACGGCCCACUCCAACGCACCUAUCACAGCGCAGGCCGAAGUGGAGGUGGUGGAAGAGGCCAAGUACGUUUCUGGCACUUUUUCUUCUGUCGUAGCUAGCUCUCUCGCUCUCUGUCUCUCUCUCUCUCCAUCUUUGCUUGGUCAUCUCUACCAUAUCAACUCUACCUACAUGUACAUAUUACCUCAAUUACCUCGACUAACCUGUGCCCCCGCACAUUGACUCUGUACCGGUACCCCCUGUAUAUAGCCUCGCUACUGUUAUUUUACUGCUGCUCUUUAAUUAUUUGUUAUUUCUUUUUAUUUGAUAUUUUAUUUUUUACUUAACACGUAUUUUUCUUAAAACUGCAUUGUUGGUUAAGGGCUUGUAAGUAAGCAUUUCACUGUAAGGUCUACACACCUGUUGUAUUCUGCGCAUGUGACAAAUACAGUUGGAUUUGAUUUGAUCUGUCCCUUUCAAUAGCGCUUAGUUUUUUAGUUUUAUUCAAAUCAAAUCACAUUUUAUUUGUCACAUGCUUCGUAAAGAACAGGUGUGGACUAACAGUGAAAUGCUUACUUAAGGGCCGUUCCCAACAAUGCAGAGAGAAAGAAAAUAUAAAUAAUAGAAAAGUAAAACACAGAAUAAUAUGCUGAACAAAAAUAUAAAUGCAACAUGCAACAAUUUCUACAAUUUUACUGAGUUACAGUUCAUAUAAGGAAAACAGUCAAUUGAAGUAAAUUCAUUCGGCCCUAAUCUAUGGAUUUCACAUGACUGGGAAUACAGGUAUGCAUCUGUUGGUCACAGAUACCUUUUUUAAAAGUAGGAUCAGAAAAGUAGUCACUAUCUGGUAUGACCACCAUUUACCUCAUGCAGCGCGACACAUCUCUUUCGCAUAGAGUUGAUCAGGCUGUUGAUUGUGGAAUGUUGUCCCACGUCGAUCCAGAGCAUCCCAAACAUGCUCAAUGGGUGACAUGUCUGGUGAGUAUGCAGGCCAUGGAAGAACUGGGACAUUUUCAGCUUCCAGGAAUUGUAUACAGGUCCUUGCGACAUGGGGCCGUGCAUUAUCAUGCUGAAACAUGAGGUGAUGGCGGUGGAUGAAUGGGACGACAACGGGCCUCAGGAUCUUGUCACAGUUUCUCUAUGCAUUCAAAUUGCCAUCGAUAAAAUGCAAUUGUGUUCGUUGUCCGUAGCUUAUGCCUGCCCAUACCAUAACCCCACCGCCACCAUGGGUCCCUCUGUUCACAACUUUGACAUCAGCAAACUGCUCACCCACACGACGCCAUACACGUGGUCUGCAGUUGAGGCCGGUUGGACGUACUGCCAAAUUCUCUAAAAAGACGACGGAGGUGGAUUAUGGUAGAGAAAUUAACAUUAACUUAUCUGGCAACAGCUCUGGUGGACAUUCCUGCAGUUAGCAUGUCAUUUGCACGCUCUCGCAACUUGAAACAUUUGUGGCAUUUUGUUGUGACAAAACUGCACACAAACAAAUUUGUGCACAACAUUUUAGAGAUACUUUUUUGUGUGUAUGGAACAUUUCUGGGAUGUUUUAUUUCGGCUUUACAUGUUGCGUUUAUAUUUUUGGUCGAUGUAGAUACACAAUGAGUAACGAUAACGUGGCUAUAUACAAGGGGUACCCGUACCGGGUCGAUGUGCACGGGUACGAGGUAAUUGAGGUAGAAAUGUACAUAUAACUAGGACAGAUAUUAAUCGAUAGCAGCAGCAUAUGUGAUGAGUGAAAAAAAGUUUGUGCCAAAAGUGUCAAUGCUGAUAGUCUGGUUAGCUAUUUGGUUAACUAUUUAACUAACUCUAGCAGUCUUAUGGCUUGGGGUAAAAGCUGUUGAGGGUGCUGUUGGUUCCAGACUUGGUGCAUCAGUACCGCUUACCGUGCCAAAUCUUUUCAGCCUCCUGAGGGGGAGGAGGUGUUGUCGUGCACUCUUCACGACUGCGUUGGUGUGUUUGGACCAUGAUAGAUCCUUAGUGAUGUGGACACCAAGGAACGUGAAGCUCUCAACUCGCUCCAUUUCAGCCCUGUCGAUGUGAAUGGGGGCAUGCUCUGCCCUCCUUUUCCUGUAGUCCACAAUCAGCUCCUUUGUCUUGCUGACGUUGAGGAAGAGGUUGUUGUCCUGGCACCACACUGCCAGGUCUCUGACAUUCCUAUAGGCUGUCUUAUCGUCGGUGGUGAUCAGGCCUACCACCGUCGUGUCAUCGGCAAACUUAAUGAUGGUAAUGGAGUCGUGCGUGGCCACGCAGUCGUGGGUGAACAGGGAGUACAGGAAGGGACUAAGCACGCACCCUUGAGGGGCCCCUGUGUUGAGGGUCAGCAUGGCGGAUGUGUUGUUGCCUACCCUCACCACCUGGGUGCGUCCCGUCAUGCAGUCUAGGAUCCAGUUUCAGAUGAAAGCCAUGACCAGGCUUUCAAAGCAUUUAAUGGCUACAGAUAUGAGUCCUACGGGGCAAUAGUCAUUUAGACAGGUUACCUUGGUGUUCUUGGGCACAGGGACUAUAAUGGUCUGCUUGAAACGUGUAGGUAUUACAGACUGGGUCAGGGAGUGGUUCAACAUUUCAGUGAAGACAUUGAAGAAAUGUAUUGGAAGACCAUUUAUGACAGCAAGUGGUAUUUUGGGUAAUUUCUUUACUAAUACUCUUGCUCAGUCCAUGAGACUGACUAACUGUCCAAUCCCAACCAGUUUGAAGCACCGUGAAGCGUAUUAGAUACAAGAAAUCAAACUGCUUGAGCUGGGAUGAAAUCAUGUCCAAGCAAAGUUGUCUCUUGUGGAUGGAACCAGUUGGGACUGGGUGGUAAACUGAUAAUCUGCAACAAAUCCAUAUUUUGGUUCAGUUAGUUUCAAUGAUGAUAUGUGGGGCAAAGUUAUUAAGAUUAUCUGAAAAUAUACCAUCUAGCUAAAACAAAAAAAGAACAAACUUCCCCUCCUUGUAUACUGUAGGUGCUCUCUCAUUCACCUUUCUACAGUGAGGGAAAAAAGUAUUUGAUCCCCUGCUGAUUUUGUACGUUUGCCCACUGACAAAGACAUGAUCAGUCUAUAAUUUUAAUGGUAGGUUUAUUUGAACAGUGAGAGACAGAAUAACAAUAAAAAAAUCCAGAAAAACGCAUGUCAAAAAUGUUAUAAAUUGAUUUGCAUUUUAAUGAGGGAAAUAAGUAUUUGACCCCUCUGCAAAACAUGACUUAAUACUUGGUGGCAAAACCCUUCUUGGCAAUCACAGAGGUCAGACGUUUCUUGUAGUUGGCCACCAGGUUUGUACACAUCUCAGGAGGGAUUUUGUCCCACUCCUCUUUGCAGAUCUUCUCCAAGUCAUUAAGGUUUCGAGCCUGACGUUUGGCAACUCGAACCUUCAGCUCCCUCCACAGAUUUUCUAUGGGAUUAACGUCUGGAGACUGGCUAGGCCACUCCAGGACCUUAUUGUGCUUCUUCUUGAGCCACUCCUUUGUUGCCUUGGCCGUGUGUUUUGGGGUCAUUGUCAUGCUGGAAUACCCAUCCACGACCCAUUUUCAAUGCCCUGGCUGAGGGAAGGAGGUUCUCACCCAAGAUUUGAUGGUACAUGACCCUGUCCAUCGUCCCAUUGAUGCGGUGAAGUUGUCCUGUCCCCUUAGCAGAAAAACACCCCCAAAGCAUAAUGUUUCCACCUCCAUGUUUGACGGUGGGGAUGGUGUUCUUGGAGUCAUAGGCAGCAUUCCUCCUCCUCCAAACACGGCGAGUUGAGUUGAUGCCAAAGAGCUCGAUUUUGGUCUCAUCUGACCACAACACUUUCACCCAGUUCUCCUCUGAAUCAUUCAGAUGUUCAUUGGCAAACUUGAGACGGCCCUGUAUAUGUGCUUUCUUGAGCAGGGGGACCACGGCGUAGUGUGUUACCAAUUGUUUUCUUGGUGACUAUGGUCCAAGCUGCCUUGAGAUCAUUGACAAGAUCCUCUCGUGUAGUUCUGGGCUGAUUCCUCACCGUUCUCAUGAUCAUUGCAACUCCACGAGGUGAGAUCUUGCAUGGAGCCCCAGGCCGAGGGAGAUUGACAGUUCUUUUGUGUUUCUUCCAUUUGCGAAUAAUCGCACCAACUGUUGUCACCUUCUCACCAAGCUGCUUGGCUAUGGUCUUGUAGCCCAUUCCAGCCUUGUGUAGGUCUACAAUCUUGUCCCUGACAUCCUUGGAGAGCUCUUUGGUCUUGGCCAUGGUGGAGAGUUUGGAAUCUGAUUGAUUGAUUGCUUCUGUGGACAGGUGUCUUUUAUACAGGUAACAAGCUGAGAUUAGGAGCACUCCCUUUAAGAGUGUGCUCCUAAUCUCAGCUCGUUACCUGUAUAAAAGACACCUGGGAGCCAGAAAUCUUUCUGAUUGAGAGGGGGUCAAAUACUUAUUUCCCUCAUUAAAAUGCAAAUCAAUUUAUAACAUUUUUGACAUGCGUUUUUCUGGAUUUUUUUGUUGUUAUUCUGUCUCUCACUGUUCAAAUAAACCUACCAUUAAAAUUAUAGACUGAUAAUUUCUUUGUCAGUGGGCAAACAUACAAAAUCAGCAGGGGAUCAAAUACUUUUUUCCCUCACUGUAUCUUUCUUUUAUUUGUUUCCCUUGUAUGAACUGCGAUAAUUGUCCUUUCCCCCACUUUGCCCAGACAAAGUUUUGUCUUCUCUUACCUGUGUGUGUUAGUGUAUCUGUGUGUGCAUGUGUGCGUGCGGUUCUACUUUGCACAGGACUAUCCUGUGUCCUUGUCUCUAUCUCUGUACAGUAUUAAUAUACGUCUUUUCUCCUCACACUCUCUCUGUAGCUGCGUGAAAAUGCUCAACCUGUGGUGAGUCCCACUCCCAUGCACAUCAGCCAUUCAAAGGGAGUGGACCAGACUAGCACUAAACUAAUACCACCAGACUAGCACCAGACAACAUAUCCAGCACUUUGUUGGUUUCUUGGCUUCACCCUUGAAAUUCCAUUAAACAAAUAACAAUGUUACUUUCAUAUUGAAUUUGAGGCUUCCCACAUGGAGUGACUAAUAUCCUUUUCACACUACUAAGAGGAGCUGAAGUAUGAUUAUGUAGCUCAACUGGAAAGACUAAGGCCAAGACCACACAGUGCUUGUAUCCGUCAAGAACGGAUUUGUGUGAUGGCAUUUGUAUGGGAUUCACAAAGACCUGCAACGUUGGUUCUACAGUUACCAGUCUGCAACCUUGUUCAAUCUAAUUGCAGAACAUUACAUAAAUAUUUUGAGCCAGCUGGGUAGCAUACAGUCUGAGUUUAUUCCCUCCCCAUCACAUGCUCGCUCUCUUCUCACCGUCACUCUCGCACUCAUUUUUAUAACUGUUAAAUGUUCACAUGCAUUUUGUAUUAAUUAUAUAUUUGAAGUUGUGAGUGAGUUUGGAGUGAUUGCAGCAUAAUAGUGAGAGAAAUAGAUUGCCAAGGAACUUUCCUUUUCUAUCUCUUAUCCUUUCUCUUCAGGUGCUGUUGCUUCUUCAAGCGUAAACGGAAGAAGAACACUCCACGGCAGAAAUGA